CACGUCAAUCAUCUUGGCACGAUGUCGACAAUUGAAGCUUGGUACAUGGUCAACAAUGUCACGGAUCAGACCGCCGAGAAUCGCAUGGAUCCAAAUAAACCGGUGACCCUAUCGGACUUGCGUGAUCUGGGCGUCCUGCAUUGGCACCUUCCUCCUUUGUCGGACUAUCCGGCGAAAGCGGUUCCGUGGGAACCGCAGGGAAUCCAGGACAAGGAACUGGCCAAAAUCCGAGAUUCGCGUGGAUACAACUACGCUGACAUCAUUACUUGUUCAGAGGAGUGCUUACCGGACUACCACAACAAGUUGAAAGCUUUCUUUGAAGAACACAUCCAUUCCGAUGAGGAAGUGAGAUAUAUCCUCAAAGGCAGUGGUUACUUUGAUGUCCGGGACCGAAAGGACCGGUGGAUUCGCAUCAAGCUCACUGCUGGUGACCUCAUCGUUUUGCCCGAAGGCAUUUAUCACAGGUUCACCAUGGACUCCAAGAAUUUCACCCAGGCAAUGCGGCUCUUCAAAGGCGUUCCCGUGUGGACGCCAAUCAACCGCCCAGCAGAUAGCCACCUUAGCCGCGAACGCUACCUGCAGCGAUUUCAGCCGCUGGAAGAGGAACAGACGUUGAGGUCGACCAUUGUGAGCUGCCUUCGCAGCUUCUUCCAGCAGGGCUGGUGCCUGGGCUCCUCAGGUGCCAUGGCCUGCCGCGUGGCUUCUGCGACGGCUGCGGCAGGUGCGCCGAUGCUGGUGACGCCCUCGGGGGUGCCCAAGGAACAGCUGGAAAGUGAGGACCUUUUCCUGGUCGCGACCACUGGAGAACUGCUGAAGAUCCCCAGCAGGGCUGCCAAGGUCUCCGACAGUGCUUCGGUCUUUCAGGCCGUCUUCGAUAGGAGGAGCGACGUGACAGCUGUAUGCCAUAUUCACUCUGUGGCAUCGGUGCUGGCGACUGAAAAUCAGGAGGUGCUACGAGUGAGAGGAACUGAGAUGAUUAAAGGCCUUGGUGUGCCCGGUGAUGGAGUGCUUGUGGUUCCCAUCAUCGACAAUAAGGCCACUGAGCCUGAACUGGUUCCAGAGCUGCUGCGGGUCUUGGAGAAGUAUCCCAUGGCUCCUGCUGUCUUGGUACGAGAUCAUGGCGCCUACAUCUUUGGCAGUUCCGCGGAGAAGGCGAAGAUUGCCACGGAGUGCUUGGGUUUCAUCUUAGACUUGGAGAUGAGGAGAGGCCGCACCGAAGCUUUGGAGGCUCCCCUGAAACGUCGCCGCUGCGGCCCCUCGGUGGUGCUGCUGGAUAUUGAGGGAACCACCACACCCAUUUCCUUCGUGAAGGACAAACUGUUUCCCUAUGCUGCCAGUGCUGUCGCAUCCUGGGUGGAAACUGCUGAGCUCGCAGAGGUUGCCCGGGACUACGAGAAGCAAUGCAAAGAGGACCAGGUGCCUUUCAAUGCAGCAGCUCCCAAGGAGGAAGUCCUUCGCUUGACCAAGGAGUGGAUUGCCAAAGACAGGAAAGUGCCAGCGCUGAAAGAUCUUCAGGGAAAGCUCUGGAAACACGGCUAUGAGCGUGGCGAGCUAAAGGGCGAGAUGUUUGAGGACACCCCACAGGCGAUGGCUCAGUGGGUGGCCGCUGGAAAACGCCUGGCGAUCUUUUCGAGUGGCAGCCGGGAGGCGCAGCGGCUGAUCUUUAAGUACACCCAUCAGGGUGAUCUCAGCUGCUUCCUCUCGGCCUACUUCGAUCCCAAAUCGGCUCAGGCCUCGAAGCAGGAAGCGAAAGCCUACGCGGAGAUUGCCUUGUCCUUGGGCAUCGAAGCCACUGAAGGCCUCUUCUGCACAGAUGUCUUGGGCGAAGCGCAGGCCGCCAGCAAGGCAGGCUGGAAGACGGUGCUCCUGAAACGUCCCGGCAACGCGCCGCUGCCGCCGCAGCACGGCUUUCGGGAAGCGACGUCGCUGCUGGACGUGUAAUUUCCAGCUGGAAGCAGCUAGAUUGGUAUUAUCAUAGAAUUGUGUAUUGUUGGUAGAUGUUUCGCCUCUCAUUUUGAGGAAUCGCUUUUGUUGGACUCAGCUUGCGACGGAGGUCUGCGGUCCAUCAAGUUUUAAAACCACAGAUGUUGAUGGAUCUAGGGUCCAACGUAGGACUUGCAGUAUGGAGAGGAAGAAUCAAUAUCUGUAACCCAAAUUGCAAAAUGGACAGUCCAAAGUACCAGAGAAAAAAUAGAAUCU